AUGCCCCCAAAGGAGUCCGGGCAGCCCGCCCGAGCACCAUUCGUCUUCCCUCGAUCGAGGAGAGAGAGGGCGGUCGAAGCUGCCCGUCCUAUUCUGGCACAGCCGUUGCGAGCUGCUGCGCCUUCCCAGCCCCGUCCUGUGCAAGAAGCGACCAGGACAGAGCAGGUCGCUCAGGCACCAUCUGCUCGCCCAAGGCGGAAGGCUCCGGCCCAAAGGUCCAAGAAGAGGAAACAGGUCCAGGCCGAAGAGUCUGAGACCGAAUCCGAGGAGGAGCCUCUGAGGACGCGCCAGGAAUCCAGGAGGUCGGGCAAGGAGCCCGUGAGCGAGGCGGUCGCUGCCGGCAAGGUGAAGGACGCACCAGUGCUAGACUCAUUGGGGAGUCUGCCCGAAUACCUGCAGCCGAUAGUCUAUGGUCUGCUCGAGUGCGAGCUAUCGGAGUCAUACGACGAGCAUAACAAAGUGAAAAAGCUCACUAGCAAUCUUGAAGCUAUUGAAGCUGUGCUCCUUGAUGCAGAGGAGAGAGAAAUGAAGGAGAGAGACGUCAGACUUUGGUUAGAUCAGCUCAAGUACUUGUCUAAUGACAUUGAAGACGUGUUGGAUGAGUGGAACUAUGCUACGCUGAAACAACAAAUUGAGGGGGUUCUUGCUAAGAAGGUACGUCUUUCCUCUCCCUCUUCCUCUUCGUACCAACAAGUUGGGUUACGUCAUGAAAUUGCAGUCAAGAUAAAGGAAUUCAAUGAAAAGUUAGAUGCGAUUGUGAAACAAAAAGAUAAGUAUGAUUUUAAAGUGAGUAGAAGUGUUGGGAAGUCCAAACGAGUACAAAGUACCUCAUUUGUUGAUGUGUCUGGGAUGGGGGAAAUCGGUAAGACUACUCUUGCUCAAUUUGCUUCUAAAGACAAUAAGGUGAUAAGCAAAUUUGGUAAAGCAAUUUGGGUGUGUGUGUCAGAACCUUUUGAUGAGAACAGGAUAGCCAAAGCAAUCCUCGAGUCUCUAGAAGGUUCUACUCCGAAUUUAGAUACACUGCAAUCGCUUUUAGAUCGUAUUAGUGACUGUAUUGUUGAAAAAAGAUUUUUGCUUAUCUUGGAUGAUGUGUGGUCAGAUGACGACAAAACAUGGGCACCAUUAUAUCAUUGUUUAAAGAUGGUCUCCGUGGAAGUAAAAUUCUGGUCUCAAGAGGAGUGUGAAAAUCUAGAAGAGAUCGGCAAGAAAAUUUUAAACAAGUGCAAAGGUUUGCCUCUUGCUGCAAAGACUACUGGUAGUCUUUUACGCUUUAAAAAAACUAGAGAAGAGUGGCAAAAUAUCUUAGAUAGUGAUUUGUGGAAACUUGAAGUGUUUGAAAAAGAUAUUUUCGGUCCUCUACAAUUGAGUUAUAAUGAUUUGCCUUUCAAGAUAAAACGAUGUUUCACAUAUUGUGCCAUUUUUCCGAAGGACCAUAUCAUAGAAAGAGAUUAUUUGAUUAAAUUAUGGAUGGCUCAUGGUUAUCUCAAACAAGAAGGAAAUGAUGUAAUGGAGAUAGUUGGUCAAGAGUACUUUGAUUACUUAGCAUCACGCUCAUUCUUUCAAGAGUUUGAAAGAGAUGACGACAAUAACAUCAUAGGAUGUAAGAUGCACGAUUUAGUGCAUGACUUUGCCCAAUUCCUCAGUAAGAAUGAAUGUAUCUCGAUAGAAGUUGACGAUCUUAAGGAUCCAAUCACAAACUCUUCUUAUCAUGAGCAAGUUUGUCACUUGAUGGUAACAAUUCAUAGAGGAAGUUCAUUUCCUGAUUCCAUUUUUAGUCUCAGAAGGAUUCGCAAUUUCCUAUAUAAUUUUAAAGAUUCCUCAGAUCCAUUGGCUCCUAAUAUCUUACCAAAAUUAUUUGGUGAGUUGACAUGUUUAAAGGCGUUAACCAUAGGUGGAGAGUCAGAUUGGCUUGAAAAUGUGAUUGAAGACAUUCCUAAAGAGAUUGGAAAAUUGAUACAUUUGAGAUAUCUUAAUUUGCAUGGUCUAAACAUUAGAAAACUUCCAGAAGAAUUCUGUGGAUUAUAUAAUUUGCAAACUUUAGACAUUAGUGAUUGUACAAAUCUGGAAGAAUUACCUCAAGGGAUUGAAAAAUUAAUAAAUCUAAGGCAUCUAGAAAAUGAAGAUGUCCGGUCAUUAAGAUACAUGCCAAUAGGAAUUCAAAGAUUGACUAAUCUCUGA